UAAUUGGACCAAGCUCACUGAACUCACAGUCGCAGAAAAAAAAAAAAUCUUUCUUAAAAAAAGGUCUGGUGGCCAGAUGUUUUAGAAGAAUUCAAGUCCGAUGCAGGAGUGGUUUCCCCUGGAAGACGUUCUAUUUAAAUUGUUGGAAGAUGAAAACAAUGAUAUUCUUAGUUUUAGUGUUCUUAGACGAAACGUUUGGAUGGGGAUUUAAGAACGGAGUCUUCCACAAUUCUAUAUGGUUGGAACAAGCAGCUGGAGUCUAUCACAGGGAAUCACGGAAUGGAAAGUAUAAACUUACCUAUAAGGAGGCCAAAGCUGUAUGUGGAUAUGAGGGAGGAAGUCUGGCUACGUAUGACCAAUUGGAAGCAGCAAGACAAAUAGGUUUUCACGUAUGUGCCGCAGGAUGGUUGCACAGAGGAAGAGUCGGCUAUCCCAUAGUAAAGCCAACAUUUAACUGUGGGUUUGGAAAGAAAGGCAUCAUAGACUAUGGAUUUCGGCUAAACAAGAGUGAAAGAUGGGACGCCUAUUGCUACAAUCCCCAAGCAAAAGAGUGUGGCGGAGUGCUCACAGAGCAAGAGCGAAUCAUUAAAUCCCCUGGCUAUCCAGAUCACUAUGAAAACGAUCAGAUUUGCUACUGGCACAUCAGAGUCAAUUAUGGCCAACGCAUUUUCAUAGAGUUUCUGGACCUUGACAUUGAAGAGUACAUUGACUGCCUUUCCGAUUACUUUGAAAUAUACGACAGUUAUGAUGACGUUCAUGGAUUAGUAGGGAGGUACUGUGGAUAUGAGAUACCUGAAAGCAUCAUUAGUACAGGUAACGUCAUGACUUUAAAGUUCCUAUCAGAUGGCUCAGUAACAGGAGGAGGUUUCCAGAUCAAGUACACUGCUUUAGAUUCAGAAAGAAAUGGAGCCAAUACAUCCUCUGAAGCUAACAACGAAUUAGAAUAUUGACAAUGCCGACAUAACACAUUCACAAUGUAUGAUUUUUUUGUGUCAAACAACACAAGGAAAGUCUUCAGUGGCAUAUCUUACAGAGAACUUACCUUUCUGCAUGAUCAGAACCUGGCAUUUAAUAUGCAUGGGACAUGGGCACACUAAAACUUCUACAAUCACAUAAAUUUAAUUGAUACUGAAGCUGGUACAGCUCUUAGGGUACAUCUCCAACUGACUAAAAGAGAUGAUGAUGAUGAUUACCUAUUUGAUGGACCCAAAUGUAAUCACUUUAUAAUUUAUCCAAUAACACCAUCAGAAUUUCACAAGUUCUGUCAUUAUAUCUUGAUUAUCCCAUAAAUGGAGGGGGGGCUUCUAUGAUGCACAGUUGUAGUUCUUAUAUGCAAGCUUUAUGCUUUUUAUGUGCUGGCAGGUCUUGUGAAAGUUUUGUUUUGUUAUGUUAUAUUGUUUCGUGUUGGGAAGAAUUUAGCUGUAUUAUGUUGGACUGUCCAUCCAAUUUACAGGCUAAGAUAAACCUGUAGCCAAAUAUUUUAAAUGUUCAUUCACAAUUUAACUGCCAACUCCUCUAGGGGUGCACUCUAUAAAAUGUGCCUCUAAACAAAAUAUUCUUCAUUCAUCCACCUGUUUAUCAUGUUGUCUACACUAAGGCAGUCAAAUAAAUGAUGAUAGAAAGAU